AUAUUUAUUUUCAAGACAUUUUCAGCACAUCUCGUAAUAAAUACGGCUAUAUAUAAUAUCUAUAGAUAACAUAAUAAGUUUGUAGAAGUGCAGAGUUCACUUUAUUUGUACAGUUUGUUGUCUUGUUUUUCAACAAGAUAAUACAGGUAAAUAAGCAAUUACCCGACUAUACCUAUGUUAUUCGAAUUGUGCAAUCGCUGUAUGUGUCCCGUGGUCGCAGGUCGCGGCCAAGAGAUUGGUAACAGUGUUGGUAGAGGCGGCGCGGCGAGGCGAGGCGAGGCGCGGCGCGAGGCAUCGUAAGGAGGUCAGUGUGCGCGCGGGAAGUGGGUCAGGGCGUAUUCGGAUGCACCAGUGCGGCGCGCGGUCGGCGGCGCUCGGCGGCCGUCGGCCCCGUCCGGCGGCGCAGGCGCGCAGCACCCAUCGAUCGCCGCCCACGCGGCGCAGCGCCGCUCAAGUGCUCCGCGAGUCGCGACGCGAGUCCCGGGCUUGGCCCCUCGACGAUGGCGGCGUGAGCGCGCGCCGCCCGCGGCCUCCGGCGGACAUGCCGCGAUGGCCAGAGAGUGCUUUAAUUAGUGCAACCACUUGUGAUCUGAAGGAGGUUAGAGGAAAGAGGCCUUUCAAGAUAUGGGACAGUUCGCGGAACGUGAGGAAAGGGCUGGUGGUCACUAGCUUCGAAGAGUUGAUACACAGAGGCAAGGAGAAGUUGUCAGUAGCGGCGAGCGAGCCGGUGCGGCUGGUGCUCGAGAGUGACGGCACGCAGGUGGAAGACGGCGACUAUUGGCGGACGCUUCCACCCAAUACUGUGCUCCUGUUGCUGCGGCAGGGCGAGAGAUGGUACCCCACGGGUGUCGACGUCAUCAAAGCUGCUAUAUCGGCAAUCCCGAAAAUAGUAUGCGAGACGAUCCAUGCACUCGAACUGCACGAUGAAACGCCUUCAUGGAAGAUCAUGGACAACAAAGGGCGCGUCACGGUGGUGCUGCACUGGGACCAGCGGCCGCAGGCGUCGCCAGCAGCGCGUUCGCCUUCCCGGCAGGCCAAGCCCGACCGGCGGCCGUCUCUCGUGAUCCAGACCUCGCUGGACCGGCCACAGCCGCCACCACCACACAUCACCGUAGUCAACCACGACGAGCCCGGGCCUGCGCCCAGGGGGCGCCUAUCGCGCGCAUCUGGCUCGCUCGAGCAUCCGCCUGGCCCGGUGCAUGUACACACCGCAGAGUGUCGCGCCGGCGCCGCAUCUCCCGCCCCCGCACCGCCUUCUCGCCCGCCGCCCGAUGAAUGCGACUUCCAUUGUUGUGCGCUACACGAAGAGGGUCGACGAAUCGCUGUUCACAAGAGCGUCGCUACCUCUCCCAUUCAAGAUGCCCAGCCGCGUGCUUCUCCCCAAGGUCGCCCUAAGGGCCACGUGCGCUUUCUCGAUGCAGAGUCGGCGCGACGUGGCGACCGCGACUCUUCUGAGAGUGAGACCGAAAACACGCUAGUAGAAGACGAGGCGGUCACGUCAGAAAAAUUUCUUCUCCUAAUAGACCAGCUGAGCGUAGACCAGAAGCGACACCUUACAAUCAAAGAUAUCGGCAUAAUCUUGGAGAGACUAAGCUCAAAGAUUCUCGACGUGGAGCGGCUAGACCGCGAGUCGGAAUCGGACGACUGCUACAACUGGACGAUUAAAGCGACGAUAAGAGGCGAUGCGCUUCGGGAGCUCGGCGUUAUUUACAACGGGAACUAUUACGCAAUCAGCGAACACCCUGGCUACAGGGAGGAAAACGAGGAGGCCGGUGACGAGGGUGAAGAAGAAGAGGAAGAAGACAGACUCUGAUCGGGCCUGUGCGGCGCCGCAGUGCCCGCCGCCGCCGCUGCAGUGCGACACGCCCUGUGCCGCAUCGCCGCGCGUUGAGCCGCCGGGCGCUGCGUUCGCGUCGCACCCGCACCGCACCGCACCGCACUCUAUCGCGUGUACCCCACACGAUAACUGACUCGGAUCUAAGCAAUACUAAUCUAACGAGAGUCAGCCAGAUACACGAUAUCUUAUUGACCGAUCCGAAGCCGGGGUCGCGCGAGCACCCGCUCUGAGCGUGGACCCGAGCCGCAGUUUCGUCGAGUCCGAGAGAAUGCAGAAGGAGUAAUGAAAAGAAUGCUUGAUGGAUACAACCGUUCGCGGGGGAUGUGUAGUGAUCUCGCACCGAUACGUAGAAUAAUCGCAUCGAUCUCUACGCGUUUUGCUGGCACUGCCUGCGUCAGCGCUCAAUCAGAGAUCGGCCUAUUUCCUUAUUUAGUGCACGAUGGAGAUAAAGCCGGAUGGAUAAAACGUCAGUGAGGAGCUCAGAAUGGAUGUCACAUCACAGUGAACGAUUAGAGACUUAUAUAUGAAAUUUAUUGCGGUCCCGCCUCGCGCCGUCGACCCGACACGUCAAUUCGCGAUGCGAGGCGCGCCGCGAAACCCUAGUUAAUAAAUAGCGGAAUUAUUGUAAGUAAAACUGACUUCCUAUCGAUUUCUAAGGUGAUUACUUAAGUGUACGACCCGGUGGUCCAGUACCGAGUCCCCGUGACUACGCCCGACGAUAGCGCACACUGUAGCGUACUGUAUGUUAUAUACUACCCGAUGACACCGGAAACAACAACAGCACAAAUAUUUAUCAUCGAGAUCGUCAAUGUUCUUAGGUAAAUAAUAAAUUAUACACGUGUUAGCGACGUUUUACAAUAUAACAGUCAAGGGGGGCCGCCGGCCGCUGCGGGCCCGCCCACCGCCGGCGGUGGGCGAAGCCAGCAGCGUGCACACUGUUCUCUGGCCCUCCUGCACGCUUCCUUGACGGUUUUAUUAAGAUUAUCUUCACAUUGCGGCUGCAUUAUUUAUUCUUGUACGUGUUGGCCUAAUGUUUUGGGAGGAGAUCGUUUCUCUUUACGUAAUUUCUGCGGCUGCAAAACGGAUCAUUUCGUCCCGUUGCAGUUGUAUAGAAUCUAAUAACACCACAAAAUACUGUGAGUAAGACUCCAAAAAUACAAUAAAUAUAUAAAAUGUUUUACUGUCUAAUAUUAUACACGUGGUAUUCGGCAUAAGUACAUACCUAAUUAUAACUGACGAUGUCAAAUAAUUUUGUUCGUACAUAAUAUAUUCAUUUGUACUCGUACGUACCCGUGAGGAGUUGCAUGAGUGACGCGGAAAGCGAAUAACUUUGAAAGCUGUUGUGAUUGACUAAUCUAACGGUAUGUCCGAGAGUUGUAGAGCUGCUGAACAGGGUCCUAGCGAGCUGCUCGGUACAUGUGCGCUAAUAUUGUACCCAUAAUAAGAGCCCUUGUAACAACCGAUGAUGCGACUACAAGAUUGCGCCAAAUUGCAUACACUCUACUAGCGCCAAAGAGUUUCCUGCGAAAACCAUCACCGAGAUUCGUUCAUUCCUGUGUGCCGACCGCUCGCCGCUCGCCAGGAGAUAAUAGUACCAAAACACAAGACGAUGUUUCAGAGAGAGCACAUAACAUUUAUAUAAUAGAUAUAUUAAAUUAUAUUAAUUAAUAAAUUGAAUGUUAUAAAAGAGGUUGUAACUAAAAUACGAAUAUACCGUCAGCGCAUCGUGUCAUCGUGCCAAAUGGGGUAUUGGUAGUUGUAAGUUGAUUCUUGUAUUUAUUAGCUAUAUCGUACUACGUGUAGUAUUAUUGUAUAAUGAUUUUUAAUUUUUGUAUAGUACCGAUAUGUGAGCGGUUCACACACUAAUGUAUUAUAUAAAUGAAGUCUAAUAAGUUUUACAUCCCCGCGGGGGUUUCAUAAAAUUGUAAAGUUAUUUAAGGUGUAAUAUUAACUAUUAUUAUUAUUAUUAUUAAAUUAUUAUUGAAUACGUGAUUACCAGCACCGGUCACCUGUCAGUGGCAAGGUCAUGUUCAGUUUGGUUGGUGGUUCGCGCGUUCGUUCAUUGGUGGCGCAUGGCGUGACUCGUUUGUGUCUAUGGUCGAAUGUGUUUGGUGAAAUACUUUUGGUGUACUUGCAUUACGUAACUAAGUACUUAUAUAUAUAUAUAUAUAUAUAUAUAUAUAUAUAUAUAUAUUUGUAUGUUUUGCUUGUCUAUCGUUUAUAAUUUCUCAUAUGUUCACAACGGUUCAUGAAAAUUUCAACUGUACUACCUCAUAUUUAAUUGUAGUCAAAUAUUCAUAUUGUUUACAAGUUAACAUCUCGAUUACCCUUGUUCUAGUUAAAAAAUACAAUAUAUUAUCUACGUGUAAGAGUUUUUUCUGUUAAGUUUUUAGCAAACACGUCACGAGCUAUACGAAUGUUAGGUUAAUGCAAAACUUUAGAGUCGCUUCGUUUUCAUGAACCGGUAUGCAUUGUAUUUUUGAUGUUUUUCAUAGCAUUUUAUAUUGAUGGAACCUCGGUUCUAAGGUUUGAUAUUGUGACUUGUUCUAAAGGUCGGUUCUUAAAUUGUCGCUAUUAAUAUUAGCUAUAAAAAUUUCUUUACUCUUGAUCCAAAUAAGAGAGUGGUCCGACUGAACGGUCAGGCCGCCUCGUAAUACCAGAGAUGUGUUUACCUGCAUGACUUUAUGGACAGAAGUUGUGAAAAAGUAAUUCGCAGGAACGAAUUUAAAUAACAACCCUUUGUAAUUUUUCUUACCACAUUAGUGACUUCAGAACGAUACAAUAAUUUCUUUUGUUAAUAAAAAAAUCUUGGAUUUUAGCGAUAUUUCUAAGCUAAUGAAAACAAAUUGUAAUCUUUUAUUGCAGGCUACUGUAUCAUAGAGUAGGGCUGUUCUAUUUACUAUUCAGAUAACAACAAAAUGUUAACAACAAAAUUUUUAUUCAAUUUAAUAAUUAAAUAAAUAAAAAAAAAAACAUUAAAAUCCUUCAGUGCUGUACGCCUGUAUUAAUACCUAGGAUUGCCAAUAAAUUAGACGUAUGUUGUAAACUUAACGUGAAGUCACUCUUGUGCUAUUUUAGUAGCUAUGGAAAUUUCCGUUCCUUCGAUUUAAAAGUUUUCGUAAUUCGUUUGUACAGCUAAUGGUGAGUCUAUGGUGUUACGGACCGUUACGCACAUUAUAAUAAUAUCUAGUUAAAGCGUUCCGUUUUAAUAUUUUUAUGUGUAUAGGAGUAAUAAUGAGGUAAAUAGUAAAAAAAAAAAAUGGUUCGUGGCCGUGCGGUUAAGGCCCGCGAGUGUAUCGCGCGCGGCUGACAGAUUCAAGGGAGCUGACAUGCGGGCGCGUGACAAACAAUAAGUACACAUGUUUACCUAAUAUAUAAACUGUACGCAAGUCACUUAUCGGUACACGACUUGUACUAUUUUCUAUGGUGUUUAUGUCUAUGUGGAUGUGUGUGAGGUCAGCGUUAUUUGAAUCUAUCGGCCGCGGAGUACAGUGGUAAAUAUUGUUGCACCGGCCAGUCAACAGUGACGCCCCGAGAGCAAUGUUUGCUUCGUGGUGCGCCGUGUAUGUGUACGCGACUGAAAUAAUGUUAGGUAACGCCGUCUACUGUUGAACGCAGCGGUAACAAUAUUGAACAGUUGAACAUGUCGCCUACAUGCGGCAAUGACAUUUCAACGGGUAAGUACCAUAAUGUCUUCGUACACUUCCAUCCGUCGAGUUUAUCGAAAAGUUCAAUUUUUGCUAAGAUACUAGUCGCCUCGUUACAAUGUCAUUGCUCGUAGGUGCAUUAUCGAUAUUAAAUACAUAACGUUUAGGUAUCUAUUACGAUUAGAAAAUACAAUCCCGGCAUCCCGAAUGACAUAGGCCACGGGUCGUUACAUAUACAGCUAUAAUAAUCAUAUAUAAAUUUAUUAUAUAAAUUAAAACAAAUAAUUAAAAAAAAAUUCAAUGACCAUAAACUAAAAAAAAUAAAAUUGUCAUCAAUAAUCAAUUUUAAUACAAGAUUUUAAUCUUAUUCUUAUUUCAAUUUUCUACCAAAAACUUUUGGUAGAAAAUUGAAAUGGUAGUUUUUGGCGUCUGUGGUCAUACAAAAAUUAUUUUUAUUUAUUCCUUGUAAUUUAUAUAAUAAAUUUCUAUAUAAUUAUUAUAGCUGCAUAUGUAUCAGCCACUUGCCUUGUGUCAUUCGUGAUCUCGGGAUUGUAUUCUCUAAUUACGAUGUAUGGUAAACGAUACAGUUUUCUCGAUGGUAACUUGUGUUUUGGAGUACCUAUCGUUUUUAUAGUGGUUUCGUUUCAUAAUUCACAGCGCAUGUGCAACAACAAAAUACGUAAAAUAUUGAAUGUUAGAUGAAAUAUCAUAACCGAUACAGUGUAAUAGCACCUAGGAUGCAAUUUAAUUUUAAUAUUAUGUGCCAAAUCGUUUUAUAUACUUAUGUACAACAAUAUAUAACUUUUAUUAUGUACUUCUAAACAAUUAAUAUAGAAUUAUUGUCAUUAUAAAUCUACCUACAUAUUUUUGAUCGACAUUAAAAAGAAAGAGGUUUAUGGUUUUUAACAUCGUAACUCCGUCAGUUGUAACCCGAUUAGAUUUUUUUUUUUUAAUUAAAUUGGUGCCAUAGAAAUUUUAUCAUAAUGGGUUUAAUUUUUAAAUCAAUAUUUUUCUGUAACAACAUUUUGCUGUAGUUAAAGUUGAUUGUUUUAUGAAACACAGUUCUGUAAUAAACAUUAAGAUGUCUAAAGUAAAAUGAUAUAAACAGUACCUAUACAAGUCUAUUUUAGAGAGAAAUAAAUUAAAGUGUUUGUAUUUAGAAAAAAAUAUAAACAAAAAAUUUGAACUCGCUUACCUCCGGAUAUGAAUUUGACAAAUGUCGCAAGUGUAUGUAGGAACUUUGAUUUUAAGCCCUCAAUGACAUCUAACGAACACCAACUAAAUUUAGUUUAGUUUCUCAUAGACUUUCUACAUAAAAUGUACCUACGUCGAAAAAAUUUUGAAGCACUUUAGACUUUAAAGUAUUGACAAAAAGUUUAAAGUAUUUUUAAAAUCUUUAAAGUAUUACAAACGGUAUUUUCAAAAGGGUUUACUGAAAUAGUUUUUACAAGAUUAGGUACAGGAGGUAAUGUAGACAGAUAAUACUCUAUUAUUACCUACUUGCGUCAUCUGUCUUAAUUCAUAUCUUGUUUCUUAUUAUACCAACUUUAUUUCUUUCACAAAUAAGCUAUGCAAAAAAUAACAGCAUGCUAUAUUUUUCCUUUAUUUUCCCCGUGAAUAUAAAAUUUGAAAAACGGCUUAGCGAAAAGAAAUUACUCUGUAGUGUAGAACCUUCGUUAUUGCUUUUCGAGGUACGCAGUCAAAAUAAACUAUAAAUUUUAUGAGAUACAUAAUAAAAGUUAUAUUGGAGUGCCAAUAAAAAUAUUAAGUACCUAUAUUACUUAGUUAAUGUGAGUUGCCUACACAGAAAUCAUUCAACCUUACUUAAUAUUCCCAAUAUCUUAAUAGCCUCGUCUUUUUUAUAGUAUACUAAGGGUUAAAACAAUCCCCAUAUAUGACAAGUUACAAGAAUAAAUUGAUAAAAUUUCUAUAUUUAAGUAGCUAUGGCAAAACAAUAAUCGUAUGUUUUAUAUAUGUUAUAUAAUUUUUUUUUUACAAUGGCGGACUUAUACCAACUGGUAUAAGUCCGCCAUUGUAAAAAAAAAAAAUUUGUGAGUCAAUAUCUGUCACUGUUUGUCCACAACAACCUUCAAAAUUUUUCACUCUCUCUUUCCAUUUAAGAGUUUCCUCUUGUCGAUGCAACUAAUUCAUGCAUCUUCCUCCAGCCAGCUCUAUCCCAGGCCAUAUCCUUUAUCUCCCUAUACGACAUGACGCCUAGUGUUUUCACUACAUAAUUAUAUUUGUAUGUCUAUAUAUACAUAUUGGAAAUUUUUUAACUCACUGUGUUUUUGUCGAGCGUUUAACACUUUGCGACACAGCGUCUCGAAACUUUGUGAUGCUCUAAACGCCCUCUGAAGAAGACUUCCAGAUGAAGUCGAAGCAAUUGACGAAAACGUCAAAAUCAUUAACUUGCCAUUACAUAUGUAUUUAGACAUCGAUUAUAAAAUGAACAUAAGUUUAACAAGAAAUUAUAUUUGUAUUUUUCCAAAGGUUGAAUGGGCGAGAAUGCUAUUUAACGUUAAGUCCGCCAUUUUAUACCUUUUGAAAUAUUGACCAUAUAAAAAAAAAAUAAAUAAAAUAAAUCGCAUAUUUAAUCCGAAUUUAGACCGACCGAAGAAGGUGAAAAACACAAGGAAAUCCUAGAAAUAUGAUUUAUUUUUAUUAAUAUAAUCAUAUUACAGAUGAGAUUUAUUUAAUAAUUCUUUUUAUAUUACUAUUUAAUAAUAAUAACAAUGCGUUGACCGAUUUCUGUGAGGCACACACACACACACACACACACAUACACAAAUGAGUAAAAUCGUGCAUCGGCACAUCACUUCACUGUAAAUCAUUAUUGUCUAUGAUGGAAGUCUCUGGAAACUAUAUAACGGUAUGCUUGAUGAUGUUUAUUUUCAUAAUUCGAUUAGGACGUACGUGGGGUUUUUUUAACGGCUGAAAACGAAACGACACCCCGCCUACGCUAUCGGUAAACGUUGGCGGGACACCAGUGAGAGCUGAUAGACGAGGACAAAAACAGGCCAGUUGGCCCAUCGCGACGAAUCCUCCAGCGGUAACCGCGCGGAGGUAGGCCUGGCCUGGCGAACGUGGGGGUUGCAAUAAGAACUUUAUUAUGUUGGUACAAACGGCGAAUAGGGUUUCCUUCUCGUGUUAUAAAAAUAAAUGUCCAAUUGAACGGACUGAUGUAAAGAUCUGGCUAUUAUCUGGAUGGAAUAUUUUUGCUAUGUCAUAUUACAGAGACUUCAAUUGGUGACAUGUCUAUUAGAUUGUACCUUGUCAAAAACGCGUUCGAUUACACGCUCUGUAAUCGCAGAGUUAUUUUUAUAUUUCAACACCAGUGUACGACUGAGGCAGACCGGUUUAUGUUUGUAACACUAAGCGACGUACCCGACACAACUUCACUGCCACUAAUUUAAAAAUAAAAAUAUUGGAAACGGUAUA